GUACGGAUGUUUGUUUCCUGUCGGAAGCGUAAAGUUGUUGCCAACAGAAAACGAGCAGGAGAUUUUGCAGUCUUUACAUAAAUCUCACCUGUGGUGGAUUUACCUUAAGCUAAGAUGUCUCGGGGCUCCAUCGAGAUCCCUUUACGGGACACAGAUGAGGUUAUUGAGCUCGACUUUGAUCAGCUGCCAGAAGGAGAUGAAGUGAUCAGCAUCCUGAAGCAGGAACACACACAGCUGCACAUAUGGAUUGCUUUGGCGUUGGAGUACUACAAACAGGGCAAGACUGAGGAUUUUGUGAAGCUUUUAGAGGCAGCUCGUAUCGAUGGAAACCUUGACUACAGGGAUCAUGAGAAGGACCAGAUGACCUGCUUGGACACCUUGGCAGCUUAUUAUGUCCAACAGGCUCGUAAAGAGAAAAACAAAGAUGCCAAGAAAGAGCUCAUCACACAGGCCACGCUGCUCUAUACUAUGGCUGACAAAAUCAUCAUGUAUGAUCAGAACCACUUGUUGGGAAGAGCUUGUUUUUGCCUGCUGGAGGGAGACAAGAUGGACCAGGCAGAUGCUCAGUUCCACUUUGUUCUCAAUCAGUCCACCAAUAACAUUCCUGCAUUGCUUGGUAAGGCUUGCAUCUCCUUCAAUAAAAAGGAUUACAGAGGCGCACUGGCAUACUACAAAAAGGCUCUUCGUACAAACCCUGGCUGCCCAGCUGAAGUGAGGCUCGGCAUGGGCCACUGUUUUGUAAAGCUCAACAAACUGGAGAAAGCUCGUUUGGCUUUUGGUCGAGCUUUGGAGCUUAAUUCAAAGUGUGUGGGAGCCCUCGUUGGUUUAGCGGUUCUAGAGCUCAACAACAAAGAGGCAGAUUCUAUCAAGAACGGAGUGCAGCUCUUGUCUCGGGCCUACACCAUCGACCCAAGUAACCCCAUGGUGCUCAACCACCUCGCCAACCACUUUUUCUUCAAAAAGGACUACAGCAAAGUGCAGCAUCUGGCCCUCCAUGCUUUCCACAACACAGAAGUUGAGGCCAUGCAAGCUGAGAGCUGCUACCAGUUAGCUCGCUCAUUUCACGUGCAGGAGGACUAUGACCAAGCUUUUCAGUAUUACUACCAGGCCACUCAGUUUGCCUCGUCCACCUUUGUAUUGCCUUUCUUUGGCCUGGGGCAGAUGUACGUAUAUCGAAGAGACAAGGAAAAUGCAGCUCAGUGUUUUGAAAAGGUUUUAAAGGCCUAUCCUAAUAACUAUGAAACCAUGAAAAUCUUGGGAUCUCUCUACGCAACAUCCGACGAUCAGGAAAAGAGAGACAUUGCCAAAGGUCAUUUAAAGAAAGUUACUGAGCAGUAUCCAGAUGAUGUGGAAGCGUGGAUCGAGCUGGCUCAGAUCCUGGAGCAGACAGACAUCCAGGGAGCGCUCUCUGCCUACGGCACAGCUACCCGCAUCCUGCAGGAGAAGGUACAGGCUGAUGUUCCUCCUGAGAUCCUCAACAACCUGGGAGCUCUUCACUUCAGGCUGGGCAACCUGGGAGAGGCAAAGAAAUAUUUUCUAGCAUCUUUGGAGCGGGCCAAAGCUGAGGGAGAGCAUGACGAGCAUUACUACAAUGCCAUUUCUGUCACCACCUCCUACAACCUGGCCCGUCUCUAUGAGGCAAUGUGUGAAUUCCACGAAGCUGAGAAGCUCUACAAAAAUAUUCUCAGAGAGCAUCCAAACUAUGUGGACUGUUAUUUGCGUCUCGGAGCGAUGGCUCGUGACAAAGGAAACUUCUAUGAAGCUUCAGACUGGUUUAAAGAAGCCCUGCAGAUUAAUCAGGAUCACCCAGACGCCUGGUCCCUGAUAGGAAAUCUUCACUUGGCCAAACAGGAGUGGGGACCGGGUCAAAAGAAGUUUGAACGUAUCCUGAAGCAGCCGUCCACACAGAACGACACUUACUCCAUGUUGGCUCUGGGUAACGUGUGGCUGCAGACCCUGCACCAGCCCACCAGAGACCGGGAAAAGGAAAAAAGACACCAGGAUCGAGCGCUGGCGAUAUAUAAACAAGUCCUGCGAAAUGAUUCCAGGAACCUAUACGCUGCUAAUGGCAUCGGUGCCGUCCUCGCCCAUAAGGGCUACUUCAGAGAGGCCCGUGACGUGUUUGCACAGGUGAGAGAGGCCACAGCCGACAUCAGCGACGUCUGGUUAAACCUGGCUCAUAUCUAUGUGGAACAGAAGCAGUACAUCAGUGCUGUGCAGAUGUAUGAAAACUGCCUGAAGAAAUUUUACAAAUAUCAGAACACCGAGGUGCUGCUGUACCUUGCAAGGGCGCUGUUUAAAUGUGGGAAACUUCUAGAGUGCAAGCAGAUGCUACUAAAGGCCCGUCAUGUAGCUCCCAGUGACACCGUUCUGAUGUUUAACGUGGCCCUGGUGCUUCAGAGACUGGCCACUCUAGUGCUGAAAGAUGAGAAGAGCAACUUGAAGGCCGUGCUCAGCGCUGUUAAAGAGCUUGAACUGGCUCACAGGUACUUCAGCUACCUCAGCAAGGCUGGAGACAAGAUGAGGUUUGACCUCGCUCUAGCUGCGUCUGAGGCCAGGCAGUGCUCUGACCUGUUGAGUCAGGCUCAGUACCACGUAGCCAGAGCCAGAAAGCAGGAUGAGGAGGAGAAGGAGCUCCGGGCCAAACAAGAACAGGAGAGGGACCUGCUGCGCCAGCAGUUGCUGAAAGAACAGGAGGAAAAACGAAACAGAGAGGCAGAGGAACAGAAGAAGCUCCUGGAGCAGAGAGCUUUGUUUGUGGAGAAGACCAAGAACCUGCUCACCUUCGCAGAGGGAUCCAAGGACGUGGGCAAAGAAAAGAAGAAAGGAGGCAGUGGGGGUGGACGUCGCAAGAAAGGAGGCGACAUGGACGAGUUUGUCAAUGACGACUCUGAUGAGGACCUGCCCUUAAAGAAAAAGAAGAAGAAGCGAAAGGGUGGCAGCGACAGUGAGCAGCAGGAGGAGGAUGAGGAUGGGGAGAAGAAGAAGAAGAAAAGGAGGAGACUUGCUAAAGGUGAAGGAGAUGACAGCGAUGACGAGACAGAAGCAUCACAACCCAAGAAGCAGCGUAAACCUAAAGAACGCAAGAGGAUUGAAAAGCACCAGCCUGAGCGCAUGCCUCCUUCUCUCAAAGGAAAGAUCAAGUCUAAGGCCAUCAUCUCCUCAUCUGAGUCCUCUUCAGACGAGGACGGACUAAAAAUAGCUGAAGACAGACACCAAAGAGACAGUGGAUCAGGAUCUGAGGAGGAGGGUGGACACAGGAAGCGGAUUGUAUCUGACAGUGACUCGGAUGGAGGUAGAAACCGCUCUGGCAGUGAAGCAGGGAGCCCCCGGCACUCUGCAGGCUGCGAGGAUGACGACUCUGCAAGUGACCGUCCCGUUAAGAAGAGGAGAGUGCAGAGGCAGUCCGACUCAGAGCAGUCAGACAACGAGAGCAAGAGGAGUCGGUCUGGGUCAGAAGACGAGUCCCGGCCGGGAUCGCCUGUCGCAGCGUCGGACCGAGGUUCAGGAAGAGGCUCUGAAGCAAGCUCAGACAACGAGGGCUCCCCACGCCGCUCUGACAACGGCUCUGAGCCUGAAGGGUCCAACAAUGACGACGACAGUGAUUAAAUUUCAGAUCCUGCUCACAGACUAUUCACAUGUAUUACUGAGAAACAUCAAUUUAUUUUUUUAAAGCAAGGAUUUCAGUUCAUAUGGUUUGUGGAAAUAGAUUAGUAUAGUGUUGUUUCUUUGGCUCAGCAUCAUGGUGUAUUUUGAGUCUUAAUGGAAAUGUAAUGUCAUAGAUGCUGUGCUUUAACAUUAAAUGUAUGAAGUGAGAGGUGCCAACACCUAUUGUUUUGCUGAUGGAGACGCUGAUCCAAAUAUGGAAACAGUACCAAAAUUUUAAAUAAAAACAUUGUCCAACCGACA